CAAACAAAUCAAAAUCGACAGCGAAAAAAGUCAACAAAAUUAGUUUUCACAUUGUUAUUUUCACGAUAUUAUUAUUUUUUUCUUCUUGUGUAUGUGUAUAGUGUGUACUAGUGUAGUUGCUUGAUUGUUCUUAAGUGUUUGUUGUUUUUUUUUCUUACUUUAACCGAAAAUCGGAAAACAGUGCGCUGCCUGCCGGCUGUGUGUGUUGAGUGAGAGGAGCUGUAAUAUCGGAUAAAUGCUCGCUAAUUGGCAGCCGGCACGGAAAUCGUCGGAAAUGAAUGAUGCCCGGCUGUGCCGGAAAGCGGCGAGUUCGCUGGAUAAAUGCCGCAUGGAAAUGCUUCACGAAUAUGUCCGGGAUCAUUGCCAUAGGGCUCGGAGCGAGGGAGUGGAUAUUAAGGCGCGACGAAAGCUGAUCAUAGCCAGUAUCUUGUGUUUGGUCUUUAUGAUUGCCGAGAUUGUGGGUGGCGUCCUAUCGAACAGCCUGGCCAUCGCAACAGACGCCGCACAUUUGCUCACCGAUUUCGCCAGUUUUAUGAUCUCGUUGUUUGCCAUCUGGAUUGCCGGGCGACCGUCUACGCAACGAAUGUCUUUUGGGUGGUAUCGUGCCGAGGUUAUUGGCGCCAUGGCCUCUGUAUUUAUGAUCUGGGUCAUCACAGGAAUCCUAGUUUGGUUGGCCAUUGGACGCCUCAUCAAUGGAGACUACGAGGUGAACGCCAAGAUCAUGCUCAUCACCUCGGGUCUAGCCAUAUUGGUCAAUGUCAUAAUGGGCGUUCAACUGCAACACGGCCACUCGCAUGGCCUGGGUGGAGGGCAUGGACACAGUCACGGUGGCUCGGCCAAGAGCAAGGAGCAGAAGGGAAAGAAGAAGUCCACCGGCCUGCAGUCCCAUGCCCAUGCCACAUCCACGCCCUGCUCCGCCUCGCCCACCCAGCGCAUUGAGGGCGGCGUGGCCUUCGCCCCGGAGGACGCCGAAUUGCCCGGCAGCGGAUUGCCAACGUAUUCCUACCAGAAUGCCAAGCUGGUAGAUCCAACGCUGGAUUUGGAAAUUGCAGCCGUGCUGGCCGAGACCGCACCGGGCUCCCAUCACCACGGAGGGACGGCGGGUCGGGAGGCCGUCAACAUGAACGUCCGCGCGGCCCUCAUCCAUGUGAUUGGCGAUGUCAUCCAGAGUGUGGGUGUCUUUGUUGCCGCCGGUGUGAUCUACUUCUGGCCGGAAUAUGCCAUUGUUGAUCCCAUUUGCACCUUUGUGUUCUCCAUCAUCGUCCUGUUUACUACUUUUACGAUCAUGAAGGAUGCCCUUUUGGUCCUAAUGGAGGGGACACCCAACUACAUGCAUUACACCGAAGUCCUUCAGAUAUUCCAAGGCAUCGAGGGCGUCGAGCGGGUGCACAACCUGCGGAUCUGGGCGCUGAGCAUUAAUAAAGUGGCGCUAUCUGCGCAUUUGGCCAUUGCUGCUAAUGCCAAUCCGAAGCAAAUCCUGGACGCAGCCACCUCGGCGGUUCAUUUGCGUUACAACUUCUUUGAGACGACCAUUCAGAUUGAGGAUUACACGGCCCAGAUGGAGAGCUGCCAGCAGUGCAAUGUGCCCGAGAAGUGAGGGUCCUGAAAAAAGCGCACAAAAUACUAUAAUAUUACUUCAAUAUAUUCAGUGUUUUGAUUUGUCAUUUAAAACA